CUGCUUUGAGGAGAUAGGCACUAGCGUCUAAUAAGGGCUUGCUAACAUUCUAAUUAAUACAACACAAGAAUGAAGUAUUUUAUACAUCUACUCCUCCUUGUUCUACUCACCAUUUAUGAGCAAUGCAAUGCUCAGUCUUGUGUGGUGGAUAACAUUCCAGUAAAAGAAAACCUUGAUUUAAAAAGGUAUGCUGGAAAAUGGUAUGGAAUCGGAAAAAAAGACCCAGAAGGACUGUUCCUGCAGGACAAUAUUUCUGCUGACUAUACAGUAGAGGAAGAUGGUACAAUGAUAGCAUCAUCUAAGGGAAGAGUCAAACUUUUUGGAUUCUGGCUCAUUUGUGCAGAGAUGGCAGCUCAGUAUACGGUGCCAGAUCCAAGCAUCCCAGCCAAAAUGUACAUGACUUACCAGGGACUGGCUAGCUAUCUAUCAAGUGGAGGUGACAACUACUGGGUAAUUGACACAGAUUAUGACAACUAUGCAAUCACGUAUGCCUGUCGCUCUCUUAAUGGUGAUGGAACAUGCAACGAUGGCUAUUCUAUUGUAUUCUCCCGCAAUCCACGUGGAUUUUCACAGGCUAUAAUGAGAAUUAUUCGCCAAAAACAAGAAGAAAUAUGUAUGUCUGGGCAAUUCCAGUCUGUGCUUCAAUCAGGAGCAUGUUAGAUGAAAGAAUAAAAAGAACUUCGACAGAACAUGCAAUAUGCUCAGAACAUGCAACCUGGCCCAGCAUAUUUUCCUGUGUGCUGCUACUAUAGAUUUCUGUCUUUCUUAUCUCUGUGUUAUUAGGCUUUAAAAACUAUUGGCUCCAUAGUCUGUUUAUGUAGAUAGCAUCUAUUAAGCUCUGUUUAAAUAUAAAAAUAUAUUUCACAGGAUACUCAUGGCAUAUGUGUCUCAUAGAAUGUUGUUCUCAAAUACAUUGUAUUGAUAUAUAUUAUGGGAAGUUUAUGAUUGGUGUUUUUGUAUUUGCCUUGGACAAGACUGUUUUCAUAUUUAUUACUGUAUUCCAUUAAAAUGUACAGUAUUAAGAAA